GUCUCGGAUGAGUUUGGCUGUUGGUCCCGACGUGGGUGGACCGUGGGUUAGUGACUGGCUGGGCGCGCGGGUCCCGCGAGGAGGAAGCUGGUCCAGAAUGGCUACCCUGAUCUUUGUUGAUAAGGAAAAUGGAGAACCAGGCACCCGUGUGGCUCCCAAGGACGGGCUGAAGCUGGGGUCGAGGCCUCCAGUCAAAGCUUUAGAUGGGAGAUCUCAGGUUUCAACACCACGGGUAGGCAAAAUGUUUGAUGCUCAAGCAGCCGUACCUAGAGUUGCCAGAAAGGCUUUGGGAACUGUCAACAGAGCCACAGAAAAUUCAGUAAAGACUAGUGGACCUCUCAAACAGAAGCAGCCAACCUUCUCUGCCAAAAAGGUGACCGAGAAGACUGUCAAAGCAAAAAGCUCUGUUCCUGCCUCUGAUGACACCUACCCAGAAAUAGAAAAAUUCUUUCCCUUCAAUCCUUUAGAUUUUGAGAGUUUCGACCUGCCUGAAGAACACCAGAUUGCACACCUCCCCUUGAAUGGAGUGCCUCUCAUGAUCCUUGAUGAGGAGAGAGAGCUUGAAAAGCUGUUACACCUGGGCCCCCCUUCACCUCUGAAGAUACCCUCUCCACCAUGGGAGUCUAAUCUGUUGCAGUCUCCAAGCGUUCUGUCGACCCUGGAUGUUGAAUUACCACCUGUUUGCUAUGACUUAGAUAUUUAAAUUACUUAGCAUUUAAUAGUUUGUAUGUUUUGUAUUAAUAAAGCAACUCUUUAACAGAC